UCACCUUGGCAAUUAGUGUAGUGUAUCCUACCUUUAUUGUACGAAGUAUGCCAUGUGCAUUAAGGAAAGAAGAGAAAAGAAAAAGAAAAAGGAAGAACAGAAACUUUUAGUUUGUGUUACCCAAUACCCUCUUAAAGCCUCUCUAUUUCUCUCAUGUAAUCUUAGAUUCUUAAUGGUUUUCUUCGCAGGGCCCAAGUUAUACCAAACUCUUAAAGCCUCUCUCAUUCUCUCAUGUAAUCUUAGAUUCUUAAUGGUUUUCUUCGCAGGGCCCAAGUUAUACCAGUAAACAUGUACACCAUGCCAUUGCCAGCUGCCAAGCCAGCUGAGUCGUCGGCUCCUCAGAGAAGCAACCGAACUGUUCUGAAGGUUCCAACUUCUCAACCUGCCUCCAUGAGCUCUGACUCGGCAGCUCCCAGAACACCUAUAAAGGCCCCUGGAGAUGCGUCUAAGGCAUCCUCCAUCCAGUUUGGGUCCAUAAGUCCUGGUUUCAUGAAUGGGAUGCAGGUUCCUGAUCAAACUAGCACAGCCCCGCCAAAUUUGGAUGAGCAGAAACGGGACCAGGUUUGCACGCCAGGAACAUUCCCGUGA